AUGACGGCUGUAAAGUUGCCCUUCCACGCAGACCAUAUCGGCUCUUUGAUCCGGCCGGCCAGCCUUGCUGCAGCCCAGGAUCAGGUUGACAAGGGCCAGCUCUCACAGGAAGAGCUACAGCUUGUCCAGCGCGAAACAAUUGCCGACAUUGUGAGAAAACAGCAGCUGAAUGGCGUCAAAUGCAUAUCAUCGGGCGAAUUCGAUCGCAAGUACUACUUUUCCGGAUUCUUUGAGAAACUGGGCGGCUUCCGCGAAGUGAGCCCAGUGCCGUGGGAUCUUGCUCGCAUCUCUGCGCCGCCGGUUGCCGCUCUCAAGAAAGUAGGCAAGCAAUAUCCUAUGGCAGCAGUCUGCGAUGGAAAUAUAACCUACGACGAGAGUCCGUAUCUCGGCAAUUGGACUAUGCUUCGAGACAGCGUCCCGAAGGACCAGUGGACGGAUUGCAAGUUUACAAUGCCGCCGCCGUGCUACUUCCAUCUUCGUCUUGCUCCAGGGAAAUGCUACAGCUCUGCUGCUUAUGAAAAUGAUGAUGUCUUCUUUGAUGACCUCUCAAAGGCGUAUCGCAAGGAGGUGCAGACGCUCUACGAUGCCGGCUUGCGCAAUCUGCAAAUUGACGACCCUACGCUGGCAUACUUUUGCUCCGAUGCGAUGAUUGAGUCUCUAAAGAAUGACGGCAUAGAUCCUGAAGCACUGUUUUCUCAGUACAUUAAGGCACACAAUGAUUGCAUUGCUGGGAAGCCAGCUGAUAUGCACGUUGGGCUGCAUAUUUGCCGCGGGAACUUUGCCAAGUCGAUGCAUUUCAGCGAGGGUUCGUACGAGCGGAUAGCAGAACGCUUCUUUACCACGCUCAACUAUGAUACAUUCUUGUUAGAAUAUGACAACGAGAGGUCUGGGGGCUUUGAACCACUGCGGUUUCUCCCCAAGGGCAAGAAUGUGGUACUAGGCGUAGUGACGACCAAGGAACCUGAGCUUGAAGACUCAGAGCUUUUGAAAGCAAAGAUUAGAGAGGCUGCAGGCAUAAUCGCAGCAGGACAAGGCUGUAGCGUAGAAGAGGCUAUGCAGAGUAUCGGUAUCAGCCCGCAGUGCGGAUUUGCCAGCGUGGCUGUGGGUGCUGAUGGCAUGACAGAGGAGAAGAUGUUUGCCAAGCUGGCACUGGUUCGAGAUGUUGCCAAGGAACUGUGGCCGUAG